AUGGACCAUUAUGACUGGAAGUCAACCAUCAAAAUCAAUUUAUUCCUGCUCCGAUUAAUCGGACUAUGGCCCAAAGGUGAAGAGGGUUAUAAAAUGGGUCUUUACAUGCUGUAUGCAUCAUUUUUGUUGAUAACAUUCGUUUUCCCAUUAGUAUUUCUUCAAAGCAUUAACAUUUAUUUUAUUCGAACAAAUGUAGCUGCCGUUGCUGGAACUUUUUACAUAUUGUUAGUUGAAAUGCUUUUAAUUUCAAAAGUGUAUUAUUUGAUCACAAAUAUGUCAGUAUUAAAACAACUGCUAAGCAUUUUGGACACUGAAAUGUUUCAACCUAAAAACUCGGUUCAAAUACUUGAAAUAGAAUCAAAUAUACAUGUUUGGAAGCUAAUUUAUAAAACUUUCGCCUACAGUUGCUUUAGUGUUAAUAUAUUUUGGGCCGUGUAUCCACUAUUUGACGAAACAGAUCGUCGACUACCGUUUAUAGCUUGGUACCCUUACGAUACCAAAAUCACACCAUUCUAUGAAAUCACAUAUCUGCAUCAGAUACUCAGUCUCAGUUUUAUUACCACUAUACAUGUGAACGUUGACGCUUUAGCAGCGGCUCUAAAUGUGUUCAAUGGUAGUCAAUUUGAUAUUUUGGAAGAUAAUUUAAAGAAUUUACAUAAACUCGAAAAAAAUGGUAUGGUAGAUGUUAAACAAAAUUUGACCUACUGUGUUAGUCACCACAAACACAUUUUAAGUUUUGCGGACAAAUGUAACAAAUACUUGAACUGGAUUUUAUUUCUGCAAUUUUUCAUUUGUGGUAUAGCUAUCGGAAUGACGAUGUUUCAGUUAACCUUGGUGGUUUCUUUCUCAACCGAAUUUAAUGCAUAUUUAACAUAUGGAAUUGCCAUCACAAUGCAAGUUUUUAUGUAUUCUUGGUUUGGAAAUGAAGUAAAGAUGAAGAGCAGUAAAGUUUCUUACGCUUUGUUUGAAUGCGAAUGGAUCGACUUUUCCCAAAACGUUAAAAAGGAUUUAUUAUUUUUUAUAAUGAGGCUUCAAAAACCAGUCGAACUGUCCGCUUUUAAUUUGUUUUAUCUCACAUUAGAAACUUUUAUGAAGAUUAUGAAAACUGCAUGGUCCUAUUUUGCUCUUCUUCACCAAGUGAACACUUUACAGUAGUAGAAAGACGUCAAGUAAUGCAAAAAAUUAUAGUUACCUCUAGUCAAAUCUACAAUUGUUAAAUAAAUUUAACUGAUAAUGAUUGCGAACCAAAUAAUCUUUAAUUCCUUCUACUCUCCUACGAAAAUGGGAAUGGGAAUGGGUUAUCACUUAUCAUCAAUUAAUAUGCAA